AUGAAGCUAUACUUGAACGAGAAGCCUCGAACAUUCAUCGUCACAUCCAACCAAUGGGCUCUAAUUAUAAGGCAUCCGAAACCUACUUAUAAGAAGGAAUCACACCAUCAUUUACAUAUCCAAACGCUAGACAACAGAGCCAUAGUUGAAUUCGUUAACAUAGAUACAAUUGAUUUCAAAAACUUGAAAGCUCAAACUACCAAUGACCUUUUGGGAUUUCUUGGACUUUUGAAUAUAAAAGGAGAUAUAUAUCUUAUGUUUAUAUCGGAGUCAGAGACCAUUGGUACACCCAGAGUUGGGGAAGAUAUCAAAGUUAUAAAGUCUGUGAGUUCGUUCUGUCUCAACAGUGACAAAUAUGAUCAAUAUACCCAGGUAGGAAAGGAGGUACCGCCUAAUUCAGUGAAGAAAUUCCUUUGUGAAGGUGACUUCUAUUAUUCCACUGAUUUUGAUAUAACUUCCAGUAUACAAGAGAGAGGCUUCGAAGGUAAUUCUAAGAUAUUCUCCAAUAACUCAUACUAUAAGAAGUUUAUGUGGAAUUUCUUCCUCAACAAUGAAUUAAUCAAUUUUCGUGAACGUUUGACACCUUUUGAGUUGGACAAUUUUGACCAAUCGGGCUUUUUGACUACCAUAACAAGAGGAUAUGUCAAAACAUGUAAUAUCGCAAUCAAUAAACCAAACGAUAGUUUAUUGACAAUUAUCAACAAACAGAGCUGUAAUAAGACAGGUCCAUUAUUUGGAGAUUGGGGCUCAGAUGACGAUGGGAAUGUUUCAAAUUUCCAAGAAUGUGAAGUUAUCAUAUAUAAUGAAAAUUUCUGUUUCAGUUAUCUCAUUCUCAAAGGAAACUUGCCAAUCUUUUGGGAAGUUGAAAGCCAUUUUUCAAGAAAUAAGUUAAUAAGUCAAAACAGUGGUAAGAAAAUCCUAUUAUCCAGAUCCUUCGAAACCUGUCAAAAUUCAUUCCAGAAACAUUUCGAUAAGUUAUUCAACCAAUAUGGAGAUUUGCAUGUCAUAAAAUCAUUCCCUAAAGAUAAUUAUAAGGGUGAAUUGAAUAAAGAGCUUGACAGUCAUUUGAACGAGUUCAAUAAAAAUGAUCUGAUCAACCAAUUGAGUGUAACAGAUUUCCCUUUGAAGAAUUCAACUAUCAAGAAAUAUGGAUACUCACCAUCUAAUCCUUAUAAUUUGAUUAAUUUACUUUCGGAUGAUCUUAUUGAUUUUGGAGCUUUAUUUUACGAUUCUAAUGGUAAAUCUUUUGUAGGUAAACAAUCAGGAGUGUUUCGUAUCGUUACUUUUGACUCAUUAUCCAAAGCCAACUUCAUUUCGAAGAUCAUAUCACAAGAGGUCAUUGAACUUGCAUUCAGAGAUAUUGGCAUAAAAAUCAACGAUGAAAUUUUGAUCAAACAUGCUAAAUUAUGGGAAGACUGUAAUAAUUUCAUAAAUAAGAAUGUGGAAAAUAUAAUAACUUCAUCCAAUAAAUUGAAAAGUUCAAGUGCUACGUCAACAAAGAAAACUUUCAAAUCUAAAAUCAAUAAGAAGUAUCUCGGUAAUGUAGUAGAUGUCAAAGUCAAUGAGAAUGCCAUGUUGAAACUUCUAGGAAGAUUGCAUGAUCAAAACUAUGUAGAAUUGAUCAACCCGAUCCAUAAUUAUAUUAACAAGGAACUAGCUAAGAAGUCUAGUUCAUAUAUAUCAUCGAAGGAUAUCAUUUUGUUUGCAACGACUUUCAACAUCAAUGGUAUAUGUUACAAUGAUGAUAUAGAUAAAUGGAUAUUUCCUGAAGGUAAGAUCAAAGACUAUGAUUUGAUCUUGAUUGGAAUACAAGAGAUUAUUGAGUUAACAGCUACAAAGAUGGUGAAUAUAGAUAGCGAGAAUAAAAAGUUUUGGACGGAAAAAAUCAAAAAAACCUUGAAUAGGCAUGGUGAAUAUUCCACUUUAUGGACAGGUCAAUUGGGAGGAUUGGGAUUAUUCAUUUUUGUUAAAAAGUCUGAGAUGAACAAGAUUUCUGAAGUAGAGAGUGCAUUCAAAAAGACUGGAUUCAGAGGGGUUUCAUCCAAUAAAGGGUGUAUAGCUGUAAGAUUCAAUUAUGAAAACACUCAAUUAUGUUUUGUAACCAGUCAUUUAGCUGCUGGUUUGAAUAAUGUAGAAGAACGUCAUUACGAUUACAAAGUGAUAUCCAAAGGAGUGAAGUUCAGUAAGAACAGGAAAAUUAAAGACCAUGAUGGUGUUAUUUGGCUUGGAGACUUGAAUUUUAGAAUCAACCUUAAUAACGAACAAACAAAGUUGUUGAUUCAGGAGGGUAAGUUUAAUAAAUUGUUUGAGUUCGAUCAAUUGAACAAACAAAUGGCAAAUGGAGAAAGUUUCCCCUUCUUCGAUGAAAUGGAGAUCACAUUUGCUCCCACCUACAAAUUCGAUAAUGGUACAAACACUUAUGACACAUCAGAGAAACAAAGAAUUCCAGCAUGGACAGACCGUAUAUUGAACUUAUCAAGAAACAAGAUUUUCAAGCAAUUGAUUUAUAACUCCUUCACCGAAUUGAAAUUUUCCGACCAUAGACCAGUGUAUUCAAUUUUCAAAAUUAAGAUCGAUAUUGAAAAUGAAACCAUUAAGAAGAACUUGACAAAUGAAAUUUAUGAUUCUUACAAACAAAAGUUUGGAGAAUUCAAUGAUAUCGUCAACAAUUCAAAUUUAUCCUAUUUAAAUGAUAAGAUCCUACCACCACCUUCAUCUGAUUCUAGGAAAUGGUGGUUAGAUGGUUUACCUGCCAAAAUAUCCAUCAAUGACUUGAACAAUCCCAACACCAUCAUCAAUCCUCGAUACCCUAAAAACCCAUUCACUCCAUCUCCAGAAGCUGAGUUUAUCAGUAAGAAAUUAAUCUGA